AACAGACCCGGUGCAGUGAGUGUUUGUGAGGAUAGCCGUACCCGCUUUGGUGUCCAGUUUGCCGUACAUUAAAACAUGUUGCUUCAUUUACAUUACUGCUGUGAUACCAACAGCUGACAUACUAAACAUGGCGGUGUUGCAGGAAGCUACCUACUUUAGCCGGCUAAUACGUCGUUGUAUCUGAGGAAAGAAGCAAGGUGAUGAGAUACCUGUUUUAAAAGUGCUACUUAUCAGUUUUAACCAGCUUGACUCUAACACUUCUCAAAACCUGAAUUUUGAGAAUGAUCAGGACUCUAUCCAAAGAAGUCCAAGCAAAGCUGCGCUCUGGAAUUGCCAUUUUCUCAUUGCAGCAGUGUGUGGAGGAGCUUGUACUGAACAGUAUUGAUGCUGGAGCAACAUGUGUUGCUGUGAAGAUAGACAUAGAAGCCUGCAAAGUCCAGGUCAUAGACAACGGCUCUGGGAUGGGCCGAGAGGACAUGGAGAAGGUAGGAAUGAGGUACUGCACAAGCAAAUGCAGCUCGCUGGAGGAUUUGGAUAACCUUCGCUUUUAUGGGUUCAGAGGGGAGGCCAUUGCCAGCAUCAUCUCCUUUGCAGCCCUGGUGGAAAUAUCCUCCCGGACGAAGAUGUCUGUAAAAACGUUUGUUAAAAUGUUCAAUGAAGGUAAGGGGUUGGACGUUUUUGAGGCACAGGAUACUCGUCCAUCUGCCGGCACUACAGUGCUUAUCUGUGACUUCUUUCAUAACAUGCCGGUCAGGAGAAAGAGGAUGGACUCUGUUCUGGAGAUUGAGCGCCUUCGUCAGAGGGUGGAGGCCAUAUCCCUGAUGCAUCCGUCUGUGUCGUUCACUGUGAAAAAGGACUGCUCUGGUACCAUGCUGGUGCAGCUUUCCAAAGCUAGGAACACCUAUUACAGGUUUGUUCAAAUCCAUGGUUUGGCGAGGGCUCAAAAGCUUGGAGAGGUGAACUACACUUAUAAACAGUUUCAAAUUACCGGAUACAUUGGUCGCGAGGGCCACUACAACAACAGCUUACAGUUCCUCUUCGUUAACAGCAGACUGCUUCUGAAAACGCGCAUUCACAAACUUCUCAACUGCCUUCUUAGGAAAUUGAGUAGUUCAAAUGUUCCCAACAACAGUCCAAACGCAUCUCCUAUUAUCUCAAGUCCUAAACAACGGGCUGGGACUGAUUUACAUGGAGUUUAUGUCAUUAACAUCAAGUGCCACUACUCUGAGUAUGAUGUAUGCCUAGAGCCAGCGAAGAGUCUCAUAGAGUUCAAAGACUGGGAUAGUGUCCUCAUCUGCAUUGAGGAAGGUGUAAAAACGUUCCUCACAAAGGAAAACUUGGUAUCAGAACUUUUGGUGAGUGACGUCCAAAACUUUGAGAGUAUCUUUUGUGGCCAAACAAGCAGUCCAUGCAGUAAUGCAAAGACUCAAGCUUGCCACAAAAACUCUGAAGAUGACUUGAAAGAAACAGGACCUUCUAGCUCAACUAGGGAAACAGACACUAAUCAAGAAGACAUUGUUGAAGAUCAGGAGGUCCAGAGUUUUGAACUGAUUUUUGAACAGGCGUCCUCAAAUGCAGAAUCCAGGGCAAGUUCAGAUAUAGAACCAGAAAGUGAAGUUCAGAACUGUGAUGUCGACAAGCCUUUGCAGCCCAAUUCAGUGUCUGUGCUGCAGAUUGACGAUUGUAAAGACCAGAAUACGCAUGAAGAUGAUCAGAGUGCACAGGGCCUUGAUUUGAUUGACAUUGACUUUCCAAUGAGUGUUAACAAUAAUAAGAUGACACAUAGUGAAAAUACCAGGAUUGCUAUGAUUGAUCAUAAAGAAGCCCAGGAUAGUUUGAGGAGAUUCACUGAACAAAAUCUUCACCGUGCACCAAAGAGGAAGUUCUCAUUACUCCAUGCUCAGAGUCACAUAGGUGAAAGUGGUGGGGGGCCUAAGAUCGCUAAGGUCACACCGUGUCACAAAUUAACACUGUCUUUUGAAACCGGAUCGCUCGACAAGUUUAAAAGGAUGUAUGGCAAGGGAGCUGAAACAAAACGGCAAGCCACGGACGCACAAAUCACUGAUGGUUUACAUCCAUCAGUUUCCAGACCUUUUGAAUGUUCUGCGUUGCCUGCUUUGCAAGCAAGCAGUAGUUCACUCAGCUUUGGGGUUGAGCAAGUAGAAGACAACUCUUUGUUGAAAGACAGUUCACUUACACUUUAUGCUGACACCAAACUCAAAAGUUCUAUAUCAGUUAGCACGAGGAGUAGAAUAUCAUUGGCUGCAAAGCUCUCUCACUUAAAAUGUGACAAGGUACAGAGCAAGAAACUGUCUGAAGGUAACCUCAAAGAUACCAAAAAUGAAGAGACCCCCAUCAUUGAAACAUUUCCUAACUCUACAACGCAGGAUGUAGACUCUGUGGAGAAGUUUUCUCAUUGGGAUAUGUUCAAGAGCAGUGAUGGGUCUUCAAAACAAAGUGUGACAGUCCAGAACUCUGGAACAAAUGACUCCGUUGAAGAUGGCCAUCCAGAUGAACCCACGUUCACUGUUCCCCAUGGACAUGACCCAUCAACACCCACCUUCACCUCCACAAAUGGAGACACUCAGCUCACUUCUAAAAUUACGACUUCCCCCGAGCCAGCUAUCCCCUCAGGUCAAAUAAUUAACCCUGCAUCACAACAUGACCUUGUGCCCUCCAAAACAGGAAAUGUGGACCAGGCUCCAGAUGAAAGACAAGGCCAUGAGAGUGAUGGGUUGGUCCCGGUAUCAAGUGACUGGCUGACACAUUACGAUGAUUCGUUGGGAAAGCUGGUCUACAUCAAUCAAGUGACGGGGCUCAGUAAAUAUGAAGCUCCUUCAUUGGAGGCGACACCAGUGCCCUGCACCACAGAUGUCACCAAUAUGGCAGUCAGUGUUGUUUCCAAAACAGAUGAAGGUCCUGGCUCAUUGUCAGCUCUUUUCUCUGAGUGGAGCAACCCAGUGUUUGUACGACCCCCUCAGGUUGCUGUGGAUGUGACCAGUGGUCAAGCAGAAGGCCUUGCCGUGAAAAUCCAUAACAUUCUCUUCCCUUACCGCUUCACUAAAGAUAUGAUCCACUCAAUGAAGGUUAUUCAUCAAGUAGACAAGAAAUUUCUUGCCUGUCUCUUAAACACAACAGGCCAGAACACUAAUGAGACAACGGAAAGUGGAGGAAACCUUCUGGUGCUGGUCGAUCAACAUGCUGCACAUGAGAGAGUCCGUCUGGAGGGGCUUCUAACAGAGUCCUAUGAGGAUGACCCAGACACACCGGGUAAAAAGAGACUCUGUUCGUCCAGUGUGAGUCCUCCCCUGGAGAUCAGUGUGACAGAGGAGGAGAUGAGACUCUUGAGGUUGUAUCAGCCUCUUCUAAGAGACCUGGCUCUAGAAGUAGGCUUUCCACAGACAGAGGAGUCACAUGUGCUACUAGAGCGACUCCCCACAUGUUUCAUAGAGAAGGAGAACACGGAGCUGCGGCGUGGCAGACGCACCGUCAUUGAGUCUAUUGCAGAGGAAUACUUGCGAGAGCACAUUGAGUUUCUGCAUACGGCAGGAAGAGUGAGAAGUACUCUUCCUCUAACAGUCCACAAUGUUCUUGCUUCACAAGCUUGUCAUGGAGCAAUUAAAUUCAAUGAUGUUUUGAGUAAAGAAGAGUGCUGCAGCCUGGUGGGAUCCCUCGCGUCCUGUCAGCUACCCUUUCAGUGUGCUCACGGAAGGCCCUCCAUUGUCCCACUAGUUGAUCUUCUCCAUUUAGAUAAUGAACAGGACCUCCCCAAACCAAAUCUCAGGAAGUUAAGAAGAAUGUACAAGGCAUGGCAACUUUAUGGAAAGAAUUAACUUAUGCAGAACAUGAAUUUCAGAAAAGGACCUCUGGCUUUGCAAUUUUACAUUAAAUAAUUUAUUUUCAUAUAAAUCCUGGUAUGUUUCUUGCUUUCAGUGAUGCAUCAGACUACAGUAA